UACAGCCUUUAGAUCUUUCUUCUACGGAUGGUACAAUUCGGGCUUCAGCUAAUGGCUCUUCCAGCGCUGAAUCGCAACGAAAUUUGGAGUUGGCCUACAAUGUGAAAUCAGAUGCGCUGCGAAAAAAGGCGACGGUUUAUUCUUGGGUGUUAGCACUUGUGGUCUAUCCGCUCUUCUUUGCCAUAGGAGCUGUGUUUUACUGGCUCUCAUACCGGGAAGAAGGCAACAUUCAAAUGUUACUAGGGUUUGGUGGAAGCCAACAGUUCGACUAUGUCCUCAUCUGCCACAUACCCAUUGUUAUAUGCCUGAUUUUCCUACUUGGUUUCAUUUUCAAAUAUUGGCACGAGCCUGAAGUACGCAGCCGCAACCACGAUUUCACCCUGCAUUUCCUGGGAAUGGGCUUACUUCAAGAGGUUGUUUUGAUAUUAACCGCAGCGCUGACACUUCAAAUAAUGCCUUUGAAAGCCGUUGAUAUGAGUACUGGUGCUAUGAAUCCAGAUUGGUCCACGGCUGCUUUCUGGGCUUAUCUGUGGUUGACAUUCUGUCUGAACCAGCUGCUAGUACCAAACCUGGCUCGAAUGAGGUACAUCAAAGCACUUUUCUGCGAGCAGAAUGAGGCCGUUUCAUACUGGAUUUUGCCAUUGGGCUAUCUUCUGCUGUGGUUUUGCACGACGUUCGUGAGUCUGGUGUACUGCCAGUUCAAUGGAAGUCACACGUGCAACCUCUGGGAGACGUACUCGGGAUUGAUCGUCUUCCUGGCUCUUCAUAAUAUUCACUACUAUUAUUGUGCGUGGAAAAGUCGACACGCACGUCAUUUGUUCAUCGACUACAUAAGCAACAUCAGGUUGUAUACCAUAUUUGUCCUCUUCUUCUGGGUGCUGAUUGUAAUCACACUCUCGGGUGAAAAUCAGGUGUCCCUUUGGUAUUUAUACUUCUACCAACCAUGGUUUAUGUUGGUGAUCUUUUCGCUGGAGAAUUUUGCAUUCUUGGUCGCUCGGGUGUUGGGUCGCAAAUGGGGUGGGGAAAACGCCCUCGGUGGUAUUGAUAUGGUGGGCGAGCACUACAGAGAGUCUGAAAGCCGGAACAAGGGAGUCGAGGAGUUGCUCGGGGUUGAACACACGCGGAAAAUAAUACAACAAGUUGCUCGUCAACAGCUGUGCGAAGAGAAUGUCGACUUCUUGAUCGCUGUUUACGCCUGCAACCAAACUAAACCAGCCUCGAUCAGCAUGGUACACUCCAUCGCUUCGCAAUUUCUAGAAUCUUCCAGCCCUAAGGAGAUAAAUAUAACCGGGAGCUGCCGUGACAGAACGUUGAAAGCGAUACAAUCAGAAGAUCCAAUGCACUAUAAGGAUACCGAACCCUUGUUUCGCGCCGCCGUCGCCCAAGUGAUGAAGAAUGUGUCAACUAAUUGCCUGCCUGAUGUAUACAAAAGCAAAGAGUAUAAGAAAUGGGCAUUGCUUGAGAAGAAAAAUAUGCUGGAAUGCUACUGAGGACUACAAGCUCACAACCAAACGAUAUGCAUAGUCACAAAAACUUGUACCGGUCGUCAGCCAAGGGCAAGUUGUGUUCGUUAAGGUGCUUGAUUCCAUUUUUUCGAAAUGUGCCCUUUUUGAGAGAAAAAAAAUGGCGGAUCACGUCCAAACAAUCAUAUAAGAGACGUCCAACACAUGCAGGUAAAAAUUCUCGUCCGCAUGGUGUAGUAAGCAUCCAUUAUGGCCGUCAGGAUUAGGGUCUCGAGCGAAAAUCAAGUUUCUAGUCUUAGUAUGGUGCAGUUCCCAUAAAAGAUGUUCUACCAAAAAAACAAAACAAAGUCGAUAAAUAAUGCACAUGGAAAAAA